GAGUCGGCACCGGUUCGGCUGCUGAAACACGGAUCUAUAAUCACUCUAUAUUUCUCUCUUUCCAGCCGGUUCACCAGAACUUGUAGUGUUUGAAAAAGCAGCAAUUAUGGAUUUACUUAAUUCUGAGGAAAGAUUUCACCCCGACAGGUAGGCUGGCUCUUCACCCCUCUCUGGAGCAUGGGUAAAAGAAAGAAACAGUCAUUGUUGUGAUGUGAAAGUGACACGGUUCUGGUUGUUAUUUUAUUCUGUAAAUUCCUGGAGUAUAUAUUUUAACGUCAAUUUUUAAACGUUUUUAAACAAUGACAACGAUUGAUGAUAAUCGGGUCAUACUAAACGUUGGCGGGAUCCGCCACGAGACUUAUAAGGCUACUCUGAAGAAGAUCCCCGCCACGCGUCUCUCCCGUCUCACGGAGGCUUUGGCUAACUACGACCCUAUAUUAAAUGAAUAUUUCUUUGAUCGCCACCCUGGGGUGUUCGCACAAAUUCUCAAUUACUACAGGACCGGGAAACUCCACUACCCCACGGAUGUCUGUGGUCCACUUUUUGAAGAAGAGCUAGAGUUCUGGGGUUUGGACUCCAACCAAGUGGAGCCGUGUUGUUGGAUGACGUACACCCAGCACAGGGACACGCAGGACGUGUUGGCGAUUCUGGACCGACUGGACCUGGACACGGACAAACCCACGGAGGAGGAUAUCAUGAAGAAAUUCGGCUGGGAGGAGGAAUAUAGGGCGGGGGAGUUAAACUGCUGGCAAAGGAUCCAGCCCAAGAUCUGGGCCCUGUUUGACGAACCCUAUUCCUCCAAUGCUGCCAAGGUUAUAGCCGUUGUAUCAGUAUUUUUCAUCGUGGUUUCUAUUCUCUCCUUCUGUUUGAAAACUCACCCUGAGAUGAGAGUCCCUGUGCUCAGAAAUACUACUUCAAACACUUCCGACGGGGGAAUGUCAUGGCGGUUAGAGAAAAAGAAAACAGAACCUCACCAGGCUUUUUUCUAUAUUGAGUGUGCAAGCAAUGCUUGGUUUACAUUUGAAAUAAUAAUUCGUUUGAUAGUUGCACCAAAUAAAUUAGAUUUUCUGAAAGCACCGGUGAACAUUAUCGACAUAAUUGCCACACUUUCAUUCUAUUUGGAUUUUAUGUUGACAAAGCUGAAACAAGAAAAUGAUAUACUGGAGUUUUUUAGUAUAAUCCGUAUUAUGCGACUGUGCAAACUCACCCGCCAUUCUGCAGGGCUGAAAAUUCUUAUACAUACCUUCAAAGCAAGUGCGAAGGAACUUGUUCUACUGGUGUUUUUUCUAGUGUUAGGUAUUGUGAUUUUUGCCGCUUUGAUAUUUUAUGCGGAACGAAUUCAGUAUAACCCGGAAAAUGAUUUUACUUCGAUUCCGGUCGGACUGUGGUGGGCAAUAGUUACUAUGACAACAGUAGGCUAUGGAGAUAUGACACCGAAAACAUACGUGGGAAUGUUUGUUGGUGCUCUCUGUGCGUUGUUAGGUGUACUAACCAUUGCACUUCCGGUACCAGUUAUCGUGAGCAACUUUGCACUGUUCUAUUCCCAUACACAGGCGCGAUCCAAACUACCGAAGAAAAGGCGGCGAGUUCUGCCAGUGGAGCUGCCCAGACCUAAGGGUCCAAAGGGCAUGGGGCCUGGAGGAGGGCCCCCUCCUAUCAACAGACACAGGAAUGCGAUAAAACAUCCACCCGUAGGACAGCCAGACCACAAAAUUAACAGAAUGGACCAAGGUUGUAUACAGCAACUGAUGCCCUUCCGUAGCCGGGCUGGAGAGGAAUCGAUCCCGAUGUUGAUGAUAAAUCACACCGAUAAAGAGGAUAAUACGGUACCUCGAUCCCGACCCCAAUCCAAUGUGGUCGACAAGAGUCCUCCGCGGCUAGUGGAAAUAAGUUCUAACCCCGGAACCCCUUUAAAAGUUACCGAAAUUAAGCCAACUGAUGCCACGGGAAUCACGAGUUUGAUUAUGGCGCCAAACGCCAAUCUCAACAGCACACCUGUUGGAACUAGUAAAACUGUGACCCCAACUUCUGUCAACCUUGGGAUCAACACCAAUUCUGUCACCAGUACCACCACCACCACAGGAUCACCCCAAAACCAAGAGAAGACAGACUUGGUCAACAGUGCUCACGUGACGGAUGGUUCUGCAACAGACCCCUCCAAAGUAUCAAACUCUUCAGCCGUGAACAACGCGACGGAGCCCAGGCACUACUCCCCCUCCACCUCACCCCCAAAGUCCAACAAUCUAGUGGCUGUUAACACGUAACCCAGGCUUCGUGUCGCUAUGUCGUCCAAUACAGUGACUUCCAGCCGAGCAAGACAUAUCGGAAAAUAAAUAGAUUGUGACGUCACGUCUGCUCUUCGAAACCGGAAGUGGGACUGUCAGAGAAUGGCUAGUUACCUGUAGAAUGUCCUCGUGUCCUGCUUCACAUGACAAAGCGACACCUGGUGUAGGUUAGGAACAUGCAUAGAAAUGUGAUGAUUUCUCCAUCUAUAUUUCUAUAUAAACAAAUAUUUGAAUUCAGUCACUUCCCCAUGUCUGUGAUGUUGAUCCCUACACAUAUUAAAUGUUGUUCCAUGUAAUUAACUAGAGAAUUUCACUAAUGGCAAAAAUGUAGAUUCUUAUCAGUUUAAUAUGUCAAAUAAGAGACCCCCCCCCCCCCCCCCCCCGUAAACGAAACCAAUACCGAUAUCAGAUUGUGCACAAUUUAAAAUUGAUUACCCUUUUCUCCCUUGAUUUAUACUGGUCACAAAACAGUUUGCAACGAACCCCCGAAAACGCUAUCAUAGGUUUGAUAGUCCCUUGUUUUGUUUACUUAUGUACAACGCAACCAAACGAUAUUAUAUACGGCUUCAGUAUUGUCACAACAGGGAAGAAAGAAUCUAUACAACUCAGUAAUAAUCGUAUAUCUAAACGCACUUUAUGUAGUUAAAUGCUGGGAGUUUAUGUUUAAGAUAUAUUUAAAAGUGUUUUGAACUCAAUGUCUUAAAAUCACCUAUAAUUUGCAUUUUUUUGGUAAUUUGGAGACUUGCAUCUUCAAUCCAAUUAGUCAUCUUUCCAGCGAAGUAAAAUUUCUGAAGAAAAGAAAUAGAAAUAAGAUAAAGUAAAAGCUACAAUCAAUCUCCUUAAUAAGAACGUUUUAAAGUUCACAGAAUAGAGUUAGAAAUGAAUCACAAAUGAUAAUUAUUUUACAGGUUAAACUGGACUUUAAAAGAAUACUAGUAUAUAUUGUUAGCACUUGUAGUUAUAUCUUGUACGUACCAUUUACAUGCACUAACUAAGAUUGUUAUGGCAUAUUGACUUGACUAAGACCAGGCGUCAAGUAAUUAUUGGCGCAAUUCCUGUUUCUAACCCUAGUGGUUUGUUGCGAUACGCUGAUUUUUUUUUAAAUAUGCUGUUGAUUUCUUGUAGAAUUUUAUUUUUCUUCUCCCCUAGUGUUGAGUACUUCCGGUUGUAGACCGGAAACGGAAGUUAUCAGUUCUAUUUGUUGAACAUAUGUAUAUCAGUUGUGUGUGUGGUUCAUGUAUAUAUAAUUGUUUAUAAUAUUAUGAAUAUAUA